AUGCAUCACCGCUUGGCAGGACGGGUGAGGAGAAGGAGCGGGCAUGUGUGUGGGCUUCGUACCGCUAGGAAGCUGAGGAGUCACUGCUGGGAUCAGAAAUGGCAUAACAAGCAAUAUAAGAAGGCCAACCCCGUUGGGGGAGCUUCCCAUGCCAAAGGAAUAGUCCUAGAAAAAGUUUGGUUUGCAUUCCCUGACCAAGACCUGCUCCAAAGAAAUGGCCGACGAUAUGAUGGUGGUGUGAAGCCAAAACUUAAUUUACAACAAGUGACAAUUGCACAGGUUGUACAUUACAAUGUUAGCAGUAAAGAGAAUACAGAAAGAGAGUCCGUCAUCCACAGCCACUACAGCCCUCUUAAUGUCACAGUGAAUGGGAUCCCUUGCAUACUUUUCUGGGCCAGAAGAAUCAUGAUUAAGUAUCAGAAUCACACUCAGCUGGACCUAACAGACAAGACGUUUGGCGUUCAUGCAACUGUAGAUGUUGCUGAUUCAAACUGCAGUGAAGAAAAUGCUAUGCUUUCCCUUAAUUUUGGUGAUGUUGACAAUUUGAAGGGAUUUGUUAUCAGAUUUAUGCUGACAAACAGUUACUACAAGCUGUCCAUUCAAAACUGGUUUACCUUGCAUAGAAUCCAGCUCAUAUAUAACCAUUCUGUGCAAGUGACUUUCAAUGCAACCCGAAUACAUGCUCCAGCGAGUUAUUCCUAUCACUGCGAACAUGUUAGCAACCUCCAGAGGUAUGAUGCGCUGUUGAUGCCCAGCUCUACAAAUGAUGCAGCCAGGCUCUGGGAAGUUACUUUUAUUGACUUUCAGAUUCAAGGAUUUAACAUCGAAGAUGGACAGUUUGCUUACGCAAAAGACUGUGCCUCCUUAUUCCCACCAGCAAUUCUGAUGGGCCUAGUGAUGUCUCUGAUCUUGCUUCUUGUUCUGGCCUAUGCCCUCCACAUGCUGAUACACUUGAAAUCCCUUGACAGGCAUUAUGAAUGCAAAGCAUCUCCUGUUUAUUUUCCACAGAUGAAAGACAUUGACACAGCAGAUGAAAAAGAACCACUGAGAAAUAAUGGAAAUGAAGCCUAUGAACUUACAAGCCAACAGUACUCUAAAAUCUAUAUCUAGCAGUGUCUAUCUGUUCUGUGGCUAGGCAAAACUGCUCCUGAGAGACACUAGCAUCCUAUGGGCUCAUGUUGUGAGUUUUGAGAAUCUCAGCACUGAUAUCCAUGGAAAGAUUUCUAGUCUUCACGAUCGUGCCGUGAAAUGUUGAUGUACUACAGCAGCAGCUUCCUAUUUCUCAUAAAGCUGAAAAUAAAAAGAGCUCAGUUAUAUUAUGUUUCCAAAAUUUAAGACAAGUGUGUGCAUUUAGAAUAUUUUGUCUAAUGGCCAGGAAUGUGUGAGACUGAUAAGGCGGUGUGUUAAAAUAGCUGGCUAUAACACUCAGCUGGCAAAACAGGACUUCUCAUGCUUUGAAAACUGCCAGAACGCCUCUGAAAUAAAAUGGCACAACCAAAGAUGCAGAGCAGAAGUUAGUGUUUGGUUAGCCACUGAAGACUAUGCUCUUUUGGCUAUCACGCUGGGGUAUUCUGAAGUUACUGAGAUACUGAACUUAAAUUGAUCUGCAUUGCUCACAGAAGUUGGUUAGUAGCGAUGCUCUGCUGCUGUAAUAACAUCAGGCUUAAGGCCGAACGGCAGGGAUGCAUUUGGGCUAAGUGCUCCAAUGAGCUUUUCCUUUUCUGCAAUGUGUAUGACUCCAAAAUCAAAGCGUUGUUAACUGCUGAUUAUCUGCACAAUGACCUUUCCUUGUCAUGUUGCAGUUUGCAUCACAGAAAUUCAAUAUGUCCAUCAACUAGCAGCUGAUAUCCUCCUCUUGAAGACAUUCUUCAAACUGUAUCAAUUGUGUAUUGAUAUGCCAUGCAGAUUUGUUGUGGAUCUCAAUCUUGUGACAGUUUUCCAAGGGUCUCCCUCAGGUGGAUCAAAUUUCUUCUGUUUGUUAUAUCACAGUGAAGUUCUCAGAAUUUUGUUCCUGAUGUUCUGUUUUUCUGAUA